AUGGCGCGCCUCACGCCCUCUCAUGCUUUCCAAUGGGGAAAAGACAAGGAAAAGAAGAACACCAAGAAAGAAGAGCGUGCCAACCGUCGUAUGGCCAUGGGCGAAUUCAAGAGGAGAUGUUUGCCGAAUGAAAGACAUAUUAAGCAGGUUGCAGAAUGUUUUGGCUUGACGAAAGAGCUGUCAAUUCAGUUAUCAAUCUUCGUUUUCCGCCGGAAGGAUGAGACAUCGGACACCAACUUCGAGAUGAGAGUAGAAAUUCAACGCUCAUACUCACUAGUGAAGGCCGUAGACGAAGUCAUGUAG